AUGCAACUAUUCAAGUCAUUAUUAUAUGUUCUCUUUUUGAGCUUUGUUACUGCCCAGUCCACCAGCUCGUGGAUGACAUAUACCAAAACCAUCACUAACCAUGGAAGAACUUACACUAAAACUGUCAAUGAACUUUACACAGGUCAGGAAACAACUUUGCCAACUUCUGGAACUGUUACUACCACAAUCACUGUUUCAAAUUCGAAAGAAACCUACACUAAGACAAUGGUCCAAACUUAUGGUCAAGCAUUAGGUACAACUACACACUUGACUGUGAAGAAUCCUUCAGAAACUUACACAAAGACGUUGUCAACUGAAAUUGCUAAGAAUGAAGCAUCAGCUGCAAGUGAGUCUUCAGGGUCAUCCAGCUCAACAUCUUCAUCAGAAGCUGGUGCUGGGCCAUUGAAAGAAUUUAAUAAUAUGUUCGCCUAUGCUUUUAUUAUUGGAGCCAUGUUCUUUUGA